AACAACGGGCUCGAAGUCCCUAGCAACCACAGCACAUCGGAGGCUGAGAGAGAUUUUCGAGCAAUAACCAACCUUCCUGCACACUGAGAUGCUGAGUUCUCCUGUUUAUCCGCUUUCUAACCCCAAAGGUGUUAAAUUAGAGUGUGAGAUGUGCCAGAAGAUCGCUCAUGUUAUGUGCUCUCAGUGCAGGGUGACUUAUUACUGUGAUGUAGCACACCAAGAGGCAGAUUGGAAUGGGAUCCAUGAGAAGAUUUGCCAGCUCCUGAUUCCAAUACGGACAGCACCGACAUUCCUUAGCUCUGCAAAAGAGAGAAAACACAAUGAGGAGCAGAUGAUCCAGAGACAGAAACAUCUCAUUAAUUUGACCCGCACGGUGUCCCAGAAGCUUCUUUUUGAGGGUAAACAUGAGGAAGCUAUCCCUGGAGCCUUGCAGUCUCUGCGCUUUGCAAAUGCUGUUUAUGGCAACACCUCUGCUGAGCUAGUGCCUUCACAAUUACUCUUGGCAGAGGCCAGUAUUGGACUCGGGCAGUUAGAUGAAGCAGAAAAUUACCUCUCUCAGGCUCACUGGACAGUGAUGAGGACCACAGAGUGUGUUACUGCUAUCCAAUACAAAUUGUACCGAAACCUGGGCCUCUUGUACACAGCCAAAUGUAACAACGAGAAAGCACUCUGGUACUUUGCUGAUGACAUUUACCAUGCCACGCAGGUGUUCAGUGCAUCUGAUAUUCGGACAGCUGGUGGAUAUUUCCACAUGGCAAAUGUGUUUUACAGAAUGAAGAAGAUGGAUAUAGCAGACUCGCUCUACUCUGAGGUAACCAAUAUCUGGAAUACUUUCCUGGGUGAGCUUGUUGAGACAGAGAUACAGAAAACACUGUGGAAAGCAGGCCUCAGUUCUCCAGAACCUGGCACCACUAUCGUGGAGUUGGAGGAUGUUUUCGACGAUGCCCAGGAAGCAGAAGCAGUUCAAGUUCUGCAUGCAAUUUUUGACCUGCGGAACCAAGAGUACCUUCCAAAACAAGGCAAAAUUGGAAAGAUUGCCGAGACCCUGGCAAUGCUUUAUUUCCUUUUCUUGGAUUUUAAAAAGGCUGUUGAAUAUGCAAAACUGGCUCUGGAGGACAGCCAGCUACUUCCACACAAUGAGAAAGCGAUUGACAGCAUCAGGCGUAUUCUUGAGAUGGCUGAAAAGGCACUGUCAUACCCUGGUGGAAAGGGACCAUCCCCCUAUGCAUGGGCUAAUUCAUGCUAAACAUUAUUAAGUCAUA